AUGAGGCUACCUGAUCGUCGAGUCGACUUCCAUCAAUCAAUUGGAUUGGAUCUUAUUAUCCAUGGUCAUAAAUCUGAUUCUUCACCCAGUGGGAACACAGUCUUCAUGGUGGUACCAGUGCGUAUAUAUGUAGAUGGGGCCUUCGGCUCCCACCCUCGAUUUUCCAUCCAAUCUUCCUAUCUUCUUUUCCCUGCUUUGGAAGCAUUCGAUCUCUGCUUCGCCCUCGUCAGAGAAAGGGGGCGAGAAGCCUGCGUGCGAUUCCUGGGUUGGAUAUCCCUGGCUCUCUUCUCUCUGAGUCCCCGCUAG